AUGGAUACAGAGAUCUCAGUCCAGGGACAGAGUCCUCCAGGGCUGGAUUUAAAUGAGAUUACUAGGGAAAUUUUAUUUCUUGACAGAUGGCGGGGAAUCUUCAGGUUGAGUACCAACAGCACAGAUUCUCAGAAUCAUGAUGGCAGCCAUGUAUCUGCUGAGGAAACUGGAAACGGACCGGGAAGACUUCAGCCCAAAGGACAAGAACAGGUGCCAUCCCGUAGUUUUUGCCCUGUGCCCAAACUCUCCACCGUCUCUUCAAAACUGAAUGGUUUGCCCAUCUCCCCAGCGAUGGCCACAAAGCCUGGCCAGGGAAUAAAACCAGAGUCCCUCGAGGGGGACAAACAAGUCGGGGCUGGAGGCAAGGUCCUGGCUGUGAGAAGGAGCUUGUGCCAUGGUCAGAAGAUGCGACUGAAGGCUGAUGUUGCAAAGGAGUCUCUUCUUCGGAAAUACAUCCACAUCCUGGGCAGUGACUGGAGGAAGGCACAUUUCAAGUUUCACCGUCCCUUCUCUGACCUGGCUUUUGCUUUACAAGUAGAAAAGGGAGGUGCCCAGAGCGUUCAGAUGGCAGUGCAGGUUCCAUCAUCAAACACUUACUCUUUCCAGAGAGGAAAAACACCACAGCCUUCACAGGCCACCUGCCACGGAAACUUAUGUAACCUGAGCCAGCGUGAGCAGGAGCAAGCCCUAGCUGCCACGCUGGCUGGCAUCUUGUGGACUGCAGGGGCAGCUCAGAAGGUCAUCGUCUGUUUGGUCACCAGAGACAUCCACAGCACUUCGAUUCUUGACUGCUCUAGCAAAUUUCAUGAGAGGCUCCAGCUGUUUGAAUUUUCAGAGAGAGAAGCCGCUGAGAAAUUCAUCUAUGAUCAUUUACAAUGUUUCCAAGAUGAAGGCAGCCAUGGUGUCAUCCUCUUCCUCUACAGCCUAGUCUUCUCCAGAACGUUCGAGAGGCUUCGGAAGGACCUGGACAUCAGCACCACUCAUCUCUUGCAGCCUCGUGCUGGGAGCAUCCUGUGCAGGCAGGCCGUUAUCAAUAUGAUUUUGACUGGGAGAGCAAGUCCAAAUGUCUUCAAUGGCUAUGAGAAAGGAAGGUCUGGGGAAACAUUACAUGGAGUCCUGGCCCGCAGUGACGUUGGCUACUUGCAGUGGGGUAAGGACACUUCUGAAGGUGACCGACUCUCACAGGUGGGCAGCAUGCUGAAGACGCCCACAUUUCCUGUUUGGCUGUGCAACCUCAGUGGAAAUUAUAGCAUCCUUUUCUGCACAAAUAGGCAGCUCUUAUCGGACUGGAAAAUGGAGCGAGUCUUUGAUCUGCACUUUUACAGCGGGCAGCCCUCCCAGAAGAAGCCUAUGCAUCUUACAAUAGAUACUCACUCGCAUCACUGGGAAGGGGAGCGCCGUGAGGAUAAACAUGGAUCGGGAAGACGGUUUUCUCCGGUGGAAAUGGCAAUCAGAACUAAAUGGAGAGAGGCUACCGUGAAUUGGAAUGGAGCUAGUCCCUUUUUCUAA